AUUCUACACAUUUCCACUCUCCUCUCUCGUUUUCUCUCUCCAUUCAUGUCUCUCUCUCUCUCUCUGUGAUAAAAUUCAGAAACGGAAACGAAAAACAGGCUUGUUCUCUUUUUCAACCACCAAAAAGGCUUAAUUAGGGUUUGGAAUGUGGAGGUACAAUGGAAGGCUCUCAACAACUCACCUCUCUCCCUAAACCCUUCACUCACGAAGAACACAAACACUCGCCUCUUCAACUCCCAGACCACCAACUAGGGUUAGGGUUUCAACCCUCUCCUCUCGAUCCUGAUCAGAUUCUCGAUCCACCACCCCCAACUGAUGAGCUCGAUCAGAAAACCGCCGAUGAACAGCUUCAGAAUCCGCAAAUCGUCAGUCAAGAGCUUCAGAAUCAGCAACAACCCAUUUGCGAAGAGCUUCGAAAUCAGGAAACCACCGAUGAAGUGCUUCUGAAUCAGCAAAACGUCAAUCGAGAGCUUCAGAAUCAGGAGGGAAUCAAUGAAGAGCUUCAGAAUCUGGUUUUGGAAGAGAGGGAAAAAGUGAGCGAGAAGGGUUUGGAUCGCGAAGACGAUGGUGAGGGAGCAGAGAGCAAAGCCGAGGAGAAGAAGGGUGAUCGUGAAGUGAGCGAUGAUGAUGCUGAGGGUAUUGAUGGUGGAAAUGAUAGUGGUGAUGAUGAUGAUAGGAGUGAGAAUGAGAAUCAAGAUGAGAAUGGAAAUGAGAAUGUUGGAGGAGAGACUGGGUUGGUAGCGGGAUCGAAGGACCGGAGCUAUAGAAAAUACAAUUAUCCAUUGAAACCUGAUGCCGAAGAUUGUUCCUAUUAUAUGCGAACGGGGUUGUGCAAGUUCGGAUCGAAUUGCAAGUUCAAUCACCCUCCCAGAAUGAAAAAUCAGGCUCCAAAGGAGAAGAUCAGGGAGAAGGAAGAAUAUCCGGAAAGGCCGGGACAGACUGAAUGCAAGUAUUAUCUGCGGUCUGGAGGGUGUAAGUAUGGAAAAGCUUGUAGAUACAAUCACAGUAGAGGAAAAGGUCCAGUAGCUCCAGUGGCUCCAGUAGUAGAGUUCAACUUUCUGGGUCUGCCAAUCCGGCCGGGAGAAAGAGAGUGCCCCUACUACAUGCGCAAUGGCUCCUGCAAGUAUGAAUCAAACUGCAGGUUUAAUCACCCUGAUCCAACUGCUGUGGGAGGAGGUGACACUCCUUGUGGAUAUGGUAAUGAUGGACCUGUUUCAUUACAAGGUGCAUCUCAACCAACUAUUUCAUCUUGGUCGACGCCAAGAGUGUUGAAUGAGACUACUGUUCCUUUUGUUCCAGUGAUGUUUUCGCCAACCCAAGGGGUUUCUUCCUCAAAUCUGGAAUGGAAUGGUUAUCAGGCACCUGUAUACCCUACACCAGUAAGGAGCCUGCCUACACCACCAGCAUUCCUUAACACUCCGGCUGAUGCCAAUUUCUAUACACAUCAUACACAGCCAAUGCUAGUUGAUGAAUUUCCUGAACGACCAGGCCAACCUGAAUGCAGUUAUUUCUUGAAAACCGGGGACUGUAAAUAUAGAUCUGGAUGCAAGUUUCACCAUCCUAAGAAUCGGAUGCCGAAGACAGCUGCAUCUGCUCUGACUCUAAGUGACAAAGGCCUGCCACUAAGACCAGAUCAGAACAUCUGCUCGCAUUACAACCGUUAUGGUAUUUGCAAGUUCGGACCUGCCUGUAAAUUUGACCAUCCAGUAAAUUGUGGCCCCUCGGAUUCUUCAGCAUUGUCCGGACCAGACAAGCCUUCUCCUUCUGGCAACUCGGCAACAACAUAUGGGGCUAGAAUGGUUGUUGGUGGUGACAAUGGAAGUGAGGCUCUAAUCCAGCAGCAUGUGUAAGAAGUUUUGCAUAAUUAGGGCAUCUCUAGUCUAGUGUUUUAGGAUUUUGAAUUUUCUUCUUAGACAUGAGGAUUCUCUUUUUACUUCUCAGCUCAGCUGCCACAACCUUUUCAGAGGAUGGCAUGAUAUAUUUUAUCAUGUGUUUUAUGUAAAUUGUGUCUCUCUAUGUCAAGUUAUGAAUGGAUUUGGGAAAUUAUCAUUCUCAUUGGGUUUGGCAA